AUGAAUCCGCUCACAAAUGCCAAGAAUCUCCAGAAAAUGAAUAAGCUGGAGUUGGAGAUGGGAUAUGCUGGUAAACGAGGCUCUUGGCAUGAUCAAUACAAAAACUCGGCAUGGAUUUUUGUUGGAGGUUUGCCCUACGACCUGACGGAAGGCGACGUGAUCUCAGUUUUUUCUCAAUACGGUGAAAUUGCUAACAUAAACCUUGUACGAGACAAGUCGUCAGGAAAAAGCAAAGGAUUUGCUUUUAUUUGCUACGAAGAUCAAAGAAGCACAGUUCUUGCUGUAGAUAAUUUCAACACCAUCAAGAUUUGCGGUCGGACGAUCCGAGUUGACCACGUGGCGGACUACAAGGCUCCAGAUACAGAUAAAAUCGAAGACGAAGAAGUGAAGGACAUCGUCAUGCGAGGCUGUGCACCGGAAGUUGCUGUCGAACGUGAAAAAGUACUAGUGGUGAAGCCGGAAGUAAAGUCGGAUGUACGACCGAAGAAGGACAAACACGACGAUCGGAGCGACCAGGAAAGAAGGCGUGAACGAGAAAGUUCAAGUUCCAGAAAGAAGCAUUCUAAAAAAGAAAAGAGGUCGACUCGGUCUCGAUCGCGUUCCAGGUCCCGAGACCGAAGACGUGACAAGCAUGUAGAUCAUCGGCGACGCAGAAGUUAA